UCAUAAGACAAGACUCGCUUCUGUGGACUGUGACUCUAUAUCGCUGAUCAGUUGACAUAUAGUGGACUUUUACAUGGAUCUAUCAUUGCACAUUGUAAAAAGGGGACAAAGGACACAUUUUAGCGGAUUCUGAAUCGGAUCGAUGAGUUUUUAAAAAUCCGAAACGUAAGGACUGUUUCCAUAGCAGCGAACUGGAUUUCCUUCUUCAUGCAACUUUUUUGGAAAGAGACCAAUAGCAUCUUACCGGAGCACAAUAAGGAACACAUUAACGCAGGUGACAUCACACUCACUCCGGGAACUGUAGGUUUCCCUCUCGGCUCCGCCCGGGAAAUGUUCCAAGGGUUCCCCGGUGACUUUGAUUCCGUCUCCCGUGGAAGUUCGUCCCCGUCUAUUGAGUCUCAGUACUUUUCCUCCGUGGACUCCUUCGGGAGCCCGCCGGCCAGUGCCUCACAGGAUUGUGUGUCUGCUGGAGGCGGGGACGGGGUAGGCAGUGGUUCCGGGGGCAGCAGUGGAGGAGUGGAUAUGCCAGGCUCCUUUGUGCCCACAGUCACAGCCAUCACCAGCAGCCAGGACCUGCAGUGGAUGGUGCAGCCAACUCUCAUCUCGUCCCAGGCCUCUGGCCAAAGUGGGGCGGGGACCUCGACUAUGGCCCAGUCGGUGUCCCUGGUAGACCCUUAUGAUCUGCCAGGGCCCAGUUAUUCCUCUGGCUCAGGUUUUACUCCCGCAGGCUCUGACACCCCGGGGCAAGGCCCAGCCCCGGGCCCCGUCCGUCAGUCCAGGGCCCGCAGCCGCCGUGUACGAGACGAGUCUGUGAGUGACGAUGGAGAUGUUGGUGUGUUUUUGACUCCAGAGGAGCAGGAGAAGAGGCGUGUUCGGCGCGAGAGGAACAAGCUGGCAGCCGCCAAAUGCCGAAACCGCCGGCGCGAACUCACUGACAGACUGCAGGGGGAGACUGACAUCCUGGAGGAGGAGAAGUCUGAGCUGGAGGCUGAGAUCUCUGAGCUGCAGAAGGAGAAGGAGCGCCUGGAGUUUGUCCUUGUGGCUCACCAGCCCAGCUGCAAGAUCCCCUACCAGGAGCAGCAGGCCUCAGGCUCCACACAGCUCCAGCAUCAGCCCCUACUGCCCCAACAGGCCCCCGUCUCCAUCGUGGGCUUGACUGUGGAGGACACUUUCUACCUGCCUCCCGCCUACACCUCGCAGCCUUCUACUUCGCAGCAGCAACAACAGCAGCAGCAGCAGGUUCAUCCGCAGCAGCAACAGCAGCAGGUUCAUCCGCAGCAGCAGGUUCAUCCGCAGCCGGGGAUGAUGCAGGAGGUAGCGUUUUCUAGUUCUUUCUAUGGCUCAAGCGAGCCUGCGCCGGGUGAGGGUGGUGGUCACCACGAUGGCGCGGCCGCUGGCAGCUACAACCCUUCAUACACAUCUUCAUUUGUGUUCAGCUACCCAGAGGGAGCCUGCGGGGUCAGCGCUAACCAGAGAAACAGCAGCAGCGAGCAGUCCUCUGAUUCCCUGAACUCGCCCUCGCUGCUCGCUCUCUGACUGACCGACAGACACACCACACCACACGCGCGCACACCCUCCCCCCCCUGUGUCAAUCACCAGUUGCUCAAAAAAACAGUUGCCCAUGAUAGACGAGGUCAACAACAUGGAUAACAUACAUUAUAUGAUGAUCCAUACAAACUCACACACAUUCAGACCUGUAAAAACAUGAAAUCAAACCAAGUUUGACCACAUAGUAUUUAGUGCAUAUAAGCCACUGUUGUCCUUAUGAGAAAACUAAACGUAACUAACCAAGUAUUUAAAGUGAAUUCAAAUUGAGUCUAAAACUCUGGGCUCUGAGUUGUCAGUCGAUCUCUGAAACAUCCUCUGACAUCAUACCCAGCUUAAUUCACAGUGAAUCUUUCAACGUCUUGUGACGUGCACGUCCAGUGCACACAGGAAAUAGCAACAUGCUCACCUGUGAUCUCACAAGCACACUUAUCCUCCCCGUCGUUCCCUCUGUCGGUCAUUCCUCUCUCACUGCUCCUGCUCUCAUCUUUUUCAUCCCUCUCUUCAUGCUGAAUGUAUUUGUGCAAGCUGAAAUAGGGAAGAAGGACUGAGGUUUGGGUCUUUUUUUUGUGAGGCCAGACUGCUGAGCUCUUGCUCUCCCCUCCCGCCUUCCUCAUCCUCUCGGUUCCUCUUGCUUCUUCGUCAUUAGUUGUGACUUGGAAAGGGGAGGGCGUCACAGCCUCCAGCUCUCUGGCUCUUUCUCUUUUUAUCCUGCCGUCUGCUCUUCGUCCAUCUCUCCAUCUUUGUUUCUCUCCUCUGUGUGUCUCUCUCUGUCUCUUUGAAGUCUUCGAACCCUGAGAGCACGCCGAGCCCUUCCAGCCCCUGGGACCUUGACUGAGCACCGGCCAACCUCACACGUCCCACACGGACGCGGACGCACCCCCAACUGAGGAGCCCUGGAGUAUUUCACUCAAAGCAGACAAAAUCAAAAACUAAAAAACACACACACACACACACAUACACACACACACACACACUGAAAAUACACCAAAUUUGAUGGACACAAAUGUAAAAGAGUUGUCACUCUUUUCUUUCUUCUCCUGAGCCAUUGUUGGAUGUUGAAACGAUGGAGAUGAAAGGAGACUUGUGUUGUGACGGUGAGAUGAGGACGGCGGGAGAAUGAGAGAUGAGGCUUUAGCCGAGGUAGAGGUCUAGAGGGAGAGCUGAAACUUUGGCAGAGAGAGAGGAUGAGCCCCCUGUACUCGUAAGCCUGAAUUGAAUUUAAAACAAUCCCAAAAAAUCCUGCUUUUGCCAACUGUAUGGGAUGGAUUACCUCUUACCUGCAGAGUACCACCGCCAUACUUCAAGCAUCUGGAUUGUCCUCCACUUGUUACUGAUACUAUUUUGUAUAAUGUUCUUCACCCUCCUUUAUCACCAAGUAUUUUCUGUUGUUGUUUCUAAGUCUAACCUUUGACCAGAGAAAAUAUCAUGGUGAGACAAAAACAUUGAGAGAGGAAUGUACUUUUGGUAAAGUGCUUUUGUUGGACAUGAGUCUGUUGGUAACCAAUAUGUUUAAAAAAUAUAUAUAUUACUUUUAAGGAAUAUUCAGCCAACCUCUGAACAUUGGGAUGAGUGGCCUCUGUGCCUCUCCUAGUGGGAGGUGCAUUUAUUGUGAGUGUAUCCCACUCUGAGCCACUUGGCCCGCUUAUUUAUUUCUUGAUUGAGGUUGACAUGAUGAGAGAGAGCACAAUACGGAGCCGGACACACAGAGGAGACAAGAGGAGGGGGUGUUUUAUGAGUAUAUGCGUUCUACAUUUUGUCUGUGAAUUUGUUCCUUUUAUUUCCAGUGACAUUUGUUAUGUUUUACGUUUGAGUUUUUUGUUGUUGCUUUUUGUCCUCCGCUCUUGCCUGUGUUGUCGCUGCCAGCGGUUCUUGUUCUUACAGGGGAGGUUUUCCCCUUAAUGUUACAUUUACUAUUGCAUUGUAACUAUUAUUGUGUUAUUAUGUUCUUUUUUAUCUUAGUUUUGGCAACUUCAGAGGCAUGAUAUGCACUAUAAAGACAUUUUCUAUGUGUCAAAAGUAUACUUAAAAGCAUAUGCAUAUAGAUACAAAAAAUGUGUAUAUUUAAGUGUAUGUACAAUUAUUGUGAAGUAUGAAUGUUUGAAAAUAUAAAUGGGAUAUUUUUGUCAAUGAAGAAACAGAGGUGCCGUUGUUGAGGCUGGUUUUAAAAUUGAUAUUUUUCUAAAAGAACAAAGAUUUAUUUAAAAAACAAACAAAAAAACAACGAUAAUACUUAACCAAUCCCUCAAUAUGACGCACAUUAUCACUGCCUGUGCUCAUAUGUUUUACAUAUAAAGCACAUUAUUCAGGAUAACUAUAUCUAACAUGUGAUGCUGCAUGUAUUGCAGUUUGCCAAUAUGAUGAGAUUAUUGAGGUGGUGCUAUUGCCUUUUGCUUUCACAUUUGCCUGUCUGUUUGUUUUUCUCUGUGAGGUCAGUCCCGAUGCCUAUGCCACCAAAGCUUAAUGUCACCACUUAGUCUCCUACGGACCCAAAAUGAGGAAACUAGUAUGAAUUGAAUGUCAAAAUACAUAUUAAAAUAUUAAUGAUGCAAA